AUGUCACCUGCCCCCGCCAUGCAGUUCAUCAUAUCCAUCAUUCUCCUCAUCACAGCGCUGGCGCACGCCGCACCGACGACCGGCACCACACCACCACCAACGACACUCUCGCGACGCGCCAUCAGCGCGGCCCUGGUGCCGUCGUUUGGGGUCACGCGCAACACCAACGCCAACGCCAAGCAGCGCGGCAGCUGCGACGGAUCCAACGGGCAAGCCACCGUCCUGAUACCCUGCUCCUGCCCACCCGACCGGGACGCGUUCCUCGCCAAGCUCUCGACGGCCGCGGCCCAGGGCAACGUGUUUGGCGACAAGAUCACCUUUAGCGACGACGCGGCCGACCAGUCCGUGGCCACCAACAAGAAGCGCGCCACCGCCAUGCUGCUGGUCCUGCAGAGCUUCGACGGCGAAAAGGGCAAGGGCUGCCCGGGGGCCUCGGCGCCGAAUUUCUUGCUGCAGCAAAAGGAUGGGAAGAAGAGGGAUUAG